AUGUCUCGUCGUACGAAUGGUUUAGCCGCCCCACAUGAUGAGGGUUUCGGUGAGGUUGUUCGUGCUUUGAAUGCUGUUGCUCAAGCGAUGCAACAACAAGUGAAUCUUAAUCAGAAUGCACCUCCUCCUCCUCCACCACCUAAUCAACGAGCUUUGUUAGUUAGAAGGUUUAGUGAACAAAAGCCCGAUUCCUUUAAAGGUAGUCCUGAUCCACUGGUCGCUGAAGAUUGGAUAGAUAAGAUUGAGAAAAUAUUCACCCUAUUAGGCGUGAAUGACGAGGAUAAGCUGGAUCUUGCUGUUUUUAAGCUUGAGGGUGAGGCCACUCGCUGGUGGGACUUGACUCGUCGUUCUAGGAAUGACGGUCUGUUUACCUGGGUAGAAUUUCGACUCGCCUUCCUAAAUAAGUACUUUCCACAAACUGCACGAAACCAACGCAUGAUCGAGUUUAUGCAGUUGACUCAGAGAAAUAUGACCGUAGCACAGUACCAAGCCAAGUUUGAAGAACUUUCUCGUUUUGCUAUUCAUCUGGUGGAGAAUGAAGAGCUGAAGGCUUUUAAGUUUCAGGAGGACUUAGACCUUCAAUUAAGGGUAGGUUGUCUAUUUUGA